AUGGAGUCCCGCAAUCGCCGUCGGAGCCAGCGCGCUCAAUCGCCCAUCGAAUCCUCGUCCGAUGAGUUGGCGGCCGGCUCGGAACACGACGAGGCCGAGCGCCGGCGAGCCAGCUGGACUGCUCAAAAGGUCUUUACGCCGCAGCGAUCACACCACCGUAAACGACCAUACCAGGAAUCUGAUAGUCCAGAUGAACUUGCAGUCGAUGCAGACGACUACUGGCGCAGCUCGCGCCCCGACGAAACCCGCAGUCCGUCGCCUGUGAACCGUCCAGACGAAAUCGAAGGCCAGUCGGAUGACAAUAUGGGUGGACGUGCUAUGAACAGCGAGGAAGGCCAUGCUGAAGACAAAACGUUGGAUCGUUCGGCUACACCAGUUCCUCCGCCGCCGCCUCCCAAGCCGGAGCGGCUGAAUUACAAGGAGAAGUUUGUGUUGAAGCGGCAUCUGCGCGGUGUUUCUGCGGUGCAAUUUUCUCCAGAUUGUUCUAUGAUUGCAAGUGGAGGCGCCGACAGGACUGUUAAGGUCUGGGAUACGCUGACAGGCAAGCUUCUUUUCAACUUCGAGGGACACUUGGCGGGCGUAUCGGCGAUUGCUUGGAACCCGGACAAUACCCUUGCAUCUGGGUCGGACGAUAAAACAAUUCGUCUGUGGGAUGUUUCUACAGGCCGAGCACACCCAAGACCCCUCGUUGGCCAUCACAACUACGUCUAUCAAAUCGCCUUUUCCCCCAAGGGCAACAUUCUUGUCAGUGGCUCCUACGAUGAGGCCGUAUUCAUAUGGGAUGUGCGCUCAGGACGGGUCAUGAAGUCCCUACCCGCCCACUCCGAUCCUGUAAACGGGGUCGAUUUCAUCCGCGACGGCACCAUGGUCGUCUCAUGCGCAACAGAUGGACUGAUCCGUGUCUGGGAUACCGCCUCUGGCCAAUGUCUCCGCACACUUGUCCACGAAGACAACCCACCAGUGACAUGCGUGAAGUUCUCGCCAAAUGGCAAGUAUGUCCUCGCAUGGACACUGGACAACUGCGUGCGGCUAUGGGACUACCGCGAAAGCCGCUGUAUCAAAACAUAUCAGGGCCACGUGAACAUCAAGUACAGCUUGGGCGGGGGAUUUGGCCGGUAUGGUCUCCCAGGCGCGAUGGAAGAUGCAUUCGUCGUUAGUGGAAGCGAGGACGGCGCCGUUAUCUGUUGGGAUCUUGUCAGCAAGAAGAUCCUGCAGCGGAUCGAGGGGCAUACCGAUGUCGUGCUGGGUGUGCAUACAGGCACGCUGGCGGGGAAACGUCUCAUUGUGAGCGCUGGAUUGGACAAGACCAUUCGCGUAUGGGAAGAGGUUUCCGAAGAUGACACUGAGAUGGCUCGCUCGACGACUAACGGCAACGGAGAUUCUCCGGAUAACGACGCUGACGGCGACAAUGCCAUGACAGAUGCGCCCCUAUCGGCGGCCGCGGCUGAUACUCCUAUUGACGAUGCGAUGGAGGCUUGA